AUGGCAGAACUUUUCAAAGCCUACGAAAAAGAUUUUUCCAAACACCUAUCAAGUGCCAAUAAAAAACUCUCCACACUUUCGUCUUCUCAAAAUAGCGAAGCUCUUUUAUCCGAUUCAAAGCACGAUAUAGAAGAAGCUGAAAAUACAUUAAAACUCAUGGAGAGCGAAGUUCAAAAAAUGCCCCCAAGCCUUUCAGCGAUUUAUCAAAAAAAUUUUAUCAGGCACUCUGAUAGCUACCAAAAAGUCAAGCAGCUGAUCAAUAAUGAAAUCACUAGAAAAAACAAGGGAGACCUAAUGGGCAGAUCUCCAAUAAAAGGGGAAAGAGAAAAGGUAGUCUCUACGACUGAAGUAAUUAUUGAUAGUGGAAAUGCUUUGGAUAGGACUCUACAAAAAGGCCUUGAGGCUGAAGAAAUGGCUUAUGGGACAAAACGAAAUCUUCUUGAGCAGAGACAAAAAAUUUUGGAUAUCAAGGAUAAGGUAGAUGAUGUAGGGACUAAUUUGAAUGCAGCAAAUAGGACUAUUGGAGUGAUGGAUAAGAGGAGAAUUGGAAUGAAAUUGAUACUAUAUGCUAUUAUUAUCUUGCUUAUAGUUGCCUUGGCCUUUGUGCUGUAUAUUAAAUUGAAAUAA